AUGAUUCAAGCUUUUAAAGGGCCAGUUGAAAAAGACGGUUUCACUGGUAAUGCAGCAUCAGCAAGAUUUGUCGCUAAGGAUAUGCCGGGUUACCGAACAGGCACAAUAGGCACGCCAAAAGGUAAAAAAGAUGAGUACGACAUCGCCUUAAACAAUGUUGACACCGCGCUUAAAGCAUUCGAGACUGAAGGCUGUGUCGAUCAUAUUGAAGGCGAAGAAGCCGACAUUCAACAAAAGAAAGAUGAACUUGGUGGCUUCGUCACCGAAAUCACUAACGAACUAAAUGACAUUGGAGUUUUAAUUGACAGCACCUCAGGUGUGGUAGUGAACAGACAGAUGAUGUCUGCAGAUCCACAAGGCCUCAAGCAGAAGUUCAUUGACUUGAGAAGUAAAAUCGGCAGAACCAUCGGUGUUGAAACAGUCAGGAUAGGCACUCUUCAGAAAAUUCAUGACGAUAUGACUACUUUAAGA